UGCCGGAAGUGGCGCGCGCCGGGGGCGGGGCUGCGGGCCGCGUGGCGCGGGAAUGGAGGGACAGCUGGAGAGCCCGGCCAUGGGGCCGGGAGGGCAGCGGGAAGUAGCGGAGCAGCUGGAGGACCCGGCCGUGGGCUGGAGCGGGCAGCGAGAGGUGGUGGAGCAGGUGGAGUGCCCGGCCGUCGAGCCGGGUGGGCAGCGAGAGGUAGUGGAGCAGCUGGAGAACUCGGCCGUGGAGCCGGGCGGGGAGCGGGAAGUGGUGGAGCAGAUGGAGAGCCCGGCUUUGGGGCCGGGCGGGCAGCGGGAAAUAGCGGAGCAGCUGGAGGACCCGGCCGUGGGCUGGGGCGGGCAGCGAGAGGUGGUGGAACAGCUGGAGAACCUGGCUGUGGUGCCGGGCGGGCAGCGGGAAGCGGUGGCGCAGAUGGAGAGCCUGGCUGGGGGUCCUGAAGGGCAGGGAGAGGUGGUGGAGCAGCUGGAGAGCCUGGCCGUGGAGCCGAGAGGGCAGGGAGAGGUAGUGGAGCAGUUGGAGAGCCUGGCCGUGGAGCCGGGAGGGCAGCGAAAGGCGGUGGAGCAGCUGGAGAACCCGGCUUUGGGGCCUGGCGGGCAGCGAGGGGCGGUGGAGCAGCUGGAGAACUCGGCUUUGGGGCCUGGCGGGCAGCGGGAAGUGGUGGAGCAGCUGGAGAACUCGGCUUUGGGGCCUGGCGGGCAGCUGGAAGUGGUUGAGCAGCUGGAGAACCCGGCUUUGGGGCCGGGCGGGCAGCGGGAAGUGGUGGAGGAUAUGGAGUGCCUGGCCGUGGAGCCCGGAGGGCAGCGAGAGGUGGUGGAGCAGCUGGAGAACCUGGCCGUGGAGCCGGGCGGGCAGCGGGAGAACCUGGUCGUAGAGCCGAGUGGGCAGCGGGAAAUGGUGGAGCAGCUGGAGAACCUGGCCGUGGGACCGGGCGGGCAGCUGGAAGUGGUGGAGGAGAUGGAGAGCCUGGCUGUGGGGCCUGGCGGGCAGCGAGAGGUGGUGGAGCAGCUGGAGAACCCGGCCGUGGGGCCGGGCGGGCAGCGGGAAGUGGUGGAGGAGAUGGAGUGCUUGGCCACGGGGCCGGGCGAGCAGCGGGAAGUGGUGGAGCAGCUGGAGAACCUGGCCGUGGGGCCGGGAGGGAGGCGGGCGGCCGAGCAGGAGAUGGUGCAGAGCCCUGCGGAGGGCGGUGGGGAAGCCCAGGCCCCUCUGCCCCCAGCCGCGGGACCGCGCCGGUCACCGCCGCCCGCCUGGCCCCGCUCUCCCGCUGCCGACGUGCCCUCGUCGGACUCGGACAGUGAUACAGAUUCAGAUAGUUCAUCAAGUACACUCUCCUCUUCAUCUUCGUCUUCAUCUUCAGCAGUAUCUGAUGAAGAUGAUCAUCCAAAUGAGAAGGAUAACAGAUCUUACUGUCUUAGGACAAAGGAUGAGUUGCCUAUUGAUAAAUUGCCUCCUGUUGAAGACUUAUCAAUAAUUCUUCCAGAUAACGUUGAACUGAAGCUCUUUGGGACAGUUUCCAGCGUCAUUGAGCAGCUAGUAAUAAUUGAAUCACUGAGAGGCCUGCCUCCGGUAAAUGAGGAAAGCAUAAUUUUUAAAGAAGAUCGGCAAGCAGUAGGAAAGAUAUUUGAGAUAUUUGGUCCUGUUUCACAUCCUUUUUAUGUGAUAAGAUUUAACAGCUCUGAGCAUAUCAAAGAGAAAGGUAUUAAUGUGCAAGAUAGCAUGUAUUUUGCUCCAUCAGUAGAGGACUUCACCCAGUAUAUAUUUGCUGAAAAAUUAAAACAGGAAAAAGGUUCAGAUGCAUCUUGGAAGAAUGACCAAGAACCACCACCUGAAGUUUUGGAUUUCAGUGAUGAUGAAGAAGAAAGAGAGGCAAAACAGAAGAAAAAGAAACCUCUAAGUCAAGGAAGGAAGAAAGUCCGAUCAGAAACACUUCCACCAAGUGAGAAUAACGAAUUUCAUCACUCAGUGCAACAGCCUGCUUCAAGUUACUCAAGGGGAUACCGUGGCAGAGGGUUCUCCAGGGGUCUGUUUCCUCCUCCAUCAGGCCCUCGAGGGUUUUUCAGACCACAAGUAAGACCGCCACCGCCAUACUUUUCAGACUGGAGGACACACCAGGAACCACCAGCGUUUCCACCACCUCACGGAAGAGAAAAUCCAAUGAUGCAACAGUAUGGCUUUCCUCCUCCAGAUUUUGGUUAUGUCAGUGAUUGGCAUCAAUUCCACCCUCCACCUUCAAAUAUGAAUAUGAUGUGGACAGGCCCAAACAUGCACAAUUCAUCCUACUCAUUUCUUCCACCACCACCGCCACCACCGCCACCACCUCCUCCUCCAGACAGCCAUCCUCCUCAGUUCAGGCCUUACUGAGAUUCCAUACGGGUCCGUGUGGAGCACUGCAGUUUACAGGGAGAAAGAACAGUCUGCCAGGACUGCAUUCCCUUAUUUUGGAGAUGCCUUCUUUUACUGCAGCGGUAGAACAAAUGCAGAGUUUUGUGCUUUGUGGGACAUCUGUAGGAAAUUAUUUUUUUCUAUGUAUGUUUUUUUUUUGUUUCCAAAAAGAAAUUUAUAUGAUAAAAGUAAUUGAAUAUUGAGUAAUAGUUUAUUUUUAUAAUAUCUGCUGCUUUAAAGAUGAUAAAUAAAAACCUUAUGGAGAUUGGUA